AUGAUAAAUAUUCAUACAUUGUCAUCACCAAUUUAUUUAUUUGGUGUAAAUUUAUCUGAUUAUAGUCGAGUAGUACAAUUUUUAUUAACAUCAACAGCUGUACUUAUUUUUCAUGUUCUACAAGGAUAUAUUCAGGAAUUAAUUUUACAAUUAAAAUCAUUACGACUUUAUCCAAAUUAUUUUACACUCGUUUAUUUUAUAUGUUUUACAUUUUUGGCAUAUACAGAACGAUUUUUAUUUGAACGAACAAUAAAAAGACGAAAAGCACCUAUUCAAACUUAUGCUUUAAUUGCAUUGUUUACUCUUGGUACAAUGGGUUUAAGUAAUGCAGCUGUGAUGCGUCUUAAUUAUCCAACUCAUAUGAUGUUUAAAAGUUGUAAAUUAAUUCCAGUUAUGAUUGGUAGUAUGCUGAUAUUAGGAAAACGUUAUAAUCUGUAUGAUGUAUUUGCUUGUUUAUGUAUGACUGUUGGUCUUAUCUUUUUUACAUUAGCCGAUUCACAAGUUCAACCGGAAUUUGAUCUAUUAGGUGUAUGGCUUGUAUGUUGUGCUUUAGUUGCUGAUGCUGUUAUUGGUAAUGUACAAGAAAAAGCAUUGAAAGAAUAUAAACCAAGUAAUUCAGAAAUGAUAUUAUUUUCGUAUUCAAUUGGUGCUGUUUAUUUACUUAUAUACGAUGUAAUAUUUGGUUCAUUGAAAGAAGCUUUUUGGCUUUGGUGGACUUAUCCGAUAAGAUCUUAUGUUUUUACUAUGAUGUAUUCAUUUGCGGGUUAUCUCGGUGUAAAUUGUGUACUUAAUCUAGUACGGCAUUUUGGUGCGCUAAUAGCUGUAACCGUUACAACAUUUCGCAAGACAAUAACGAUUAUACUCUCAUUUAUUGCUUUUACUAAACCAUUUACUUUUCAAUAUUUAUGGUCUGGUGUUAUUGUAGCAUUUGGAAUAUAUUUAAAUGCCCAUGGACAAAAUCAAAAAUCAAUUGAAAAUUAUACACGGUUAAUGUGUAAUAGUUUAUUAAUGAAAUUUCGAAGAAAGAAGGAUAAUUAUCGACAGCCUACUGAAGAAGUUUAA